UUAUAUGAGCUUUCGGAUGAUUCAAAGCGAAAAGAAUGGUUAGACGAUUGGCUGGGAUUUAUGCAUCGGAUAGGUAAACCUGUAACUCGAAUACCUAUAAUGGCGAAGCAAGUACUUGACUUAUAUGAACUCUACAGGCUUGUUGUACAACAUGGUGGAUUAGUUGAAAUAAUAAAUAAAAAAUUGUGGCGAGAAAUUACGAAAGGACUUAAUUUGCCUUCAUCAAUUACCUCAGCCGCUUUUACCCUCAGAACUCAGUACCAGAAAUUUCUUUACGAUUACGAGUGUGAAAAAGAAGGUUUAAGCAAUCCAGCAGAUCUGCAACAAGCUAUCGAUGGUAAUCGGCGAGAAGGUCGCCGUAAUACAACUAAUAGCUCUGCAUUUCCAGCACUUACUUAUUCGGUUGCUGGUGCCUCUGGAUUGCUCACCAAACAUUUAAACGGAUCUCUCAAUCUUCGCAAUGGACUGGAAGAGGAUGUAGCUUUGAGACCAUCAGUAUCGCAACAAGCCGCAUUAGUGGCAGCUUACAGAGCUGAACAUUAUGCUGCACUUGAAGCUCAACAGCGGCAGUUCGAACGGGCGCAGAGAGCUGCAGUUGAGGCUGUUGCUCGCCAAUCAUUGCAUGCAUCUGCUGUAUCAGGGCGUGAAUCUACAUCGUCAGUAGAUUCGGAUGGUCAUCCUCCUGCGAAACGUUUACGUAAUUCUUCAUCAGUUACAAUAGGAGGUAAUGAUGAGAAUGACACUGCAUUUACUAAUCAGACGAUGGAUAAAUUAUUCAGUGGGAUACCUUCAGCGCAUUUGAAAAUAACUAGCAGAAAAGAUGGACAUAAUUCAGAGAAUUCGUUAGUAGUCUCAAUGGAAAUCAACGGUGUAAUGUAUCAGGGCGUAUUGUUUGCACUGAAUGGAAAUUCCUCAAGAAAUUCAUCGUCAGAAAAUGUCUCUGGAUUAAAUCUUUCAAAUUCAAUGAAGAUUGCUUUAUAG